CCAUUCUUUCUCAUUUUAUUACCUUUUCCAUUCUUUACCUCAAAGGACAAUAAUAAACUUUUCGCCUUUUAAUCACACAGGCGAAAUGAUCCCUUCCACCGCUGCCGCCGCCCUCCUCACCCUCACAGCUGGUGUCGCCCUCGCCCAUCCCGGAUGUGGUGGCCAGGAGAUUGGUCGGCGAAACGUUGGCGGUCCCAUGGUGUACCGCCGAGAUGUUACCGAUGAAGCUAGUGCUGCUGCCAGUACAGACGUUAAUACCGAAUGUACAGCCUAUGGUUAUGCCCCUGUGACCGAGAUUGCAUCCUCUUUCCCCACUAUCUGGGAGACCGCUUCCAUCCUCUCAAAUGACACAGAAGGCCAACAACUUUUUGCGACCAUCAACUCCACUCUUAACACCAAGCUUCCAAAUGAUGUUCCCCACGGGACCCCCACAGGUGAUUGGACCGGUGUCAACUACAAUAGCAGUGACCCAGACUGUUGGUGGACCCAUAACAAGUGUACCACCCCCGCCAGUGAUACUGGUUUGGAAGCCGAUAUCACCAUCGUACCCGAGCCAAUGACUUGGGGUUUGGGUUUCGACGAUGGACCUAACUGUAGUCACAACGCUUUGUAUAAUCUUCUUUCGGAGAACAACCAGAAGGCUACCAUGUUUUUCAUUGGAUCCAAUGUCAUGGACUGGCCUCUCCAGGCUAUGAGGGCUCACGACGAAGGCCAUCAAAUAUGUGUUCACACCUGGUCUCAUCAGUACAUGACCGCUCUCAGUAACGAGGUUGUCUUUGCCGAGUUGUACUACACCCAGAAAGCCAUCAAGGCUGUCCUUGGAGUUACUCCCCAGUGCUGGCGACCUCCGUACGGCGAUGUCGACAACAGAGUUCGUAUGAUUGCCCAGGCACUCAACCUGACCACCAUCAUCUGGUCAGACGACACCGAUGACUGGGCGGCUGGAACCGAUGGCGUCACUGAGCAAGAUGUGACGGAUAACUACCAAGCAGUCAUCGACAAGGCUGGUAACGGUACUUACACUACUCACGGUCCCGUUGUCCUUAAUCACGAGCUCACCAACUACACCAUGUCUGUUUUCAUGACUAUGUUCCCCAAGAUCAAAUCGGCUUUCAGCUACAUCGUCCCUAUGUGCACUGCAUACAACAUCACCCAACCAUAUCUCGAGAGUAAUGUCACUUGUCCCAACUUUGAGACUUACAUCUCUGGUGUCACGAACAUCAGCAGCUCUACCACUCAGAAAGAUGGAAGCAGCUCAACGAACACUUCUUCUUCUGGCUCCGGUAGCGCCGCUGGCAGUGCCAGUGCCACUAGCAGCAGCGACGACUCAAGCAGCUCUGGUAGCACAAGCGCCUCUAGUAGCUCAAGCAACGCUAGCAGUGGCGCUUUGGGCAUGUUCGACGGUUUGUCAGGGGUGGGUCUUGUUUUGAGCGGUGUGUUUGCUGGCGUGAUGUUACUGUAAUGUGAUGUGCUUUGACGAAGGGGAACGGAGAAUGAGAUGGACAGUAUAUCAAACGUCACAUGACGUACUAUGUAUCGAACGGACAAUAUUACAAUAUUACUCUCAAUGCAUCAUGCAACAUAAUAGCUUUGC